CUCUCCUAGUCUCCGGGCUACAAGAGGUGUCCCGCAGCAGCUGCUGCUCCCGGGGCGGCAAGCGCCUGGACCAGGCAAUUUCAUCCUAGAACAUGGAUCUUCCUUUGUACCUGUUCGUGGGAUUCUUGGUGCCUUUGGUGGCGGCGCUGGACUUCAAAUAUCAUCACCAAGAAGAGAUGGAAGCUUUUCUGAAGGAUGUUGCCCAAACCCACGAUUCUAUAACUCAUUUACACAGUAUUGGGAAGUCGGUGGCAGGUAGAAACCUGUGGGUUCUUGUUGUGGGAAGAUUUCCAAGGGAACACAGAAUCGGGAUUCCAGAGUUCAAGUACAUUGCUAACAUGCAUGGAGAUGAGACUGUAGGACGGGAAUUACUCCUCCAUCUGAUAGACCACUUGGUUAAGAAUGAUGGGAAGGACCCUGAAAUCACCCGCCUGAUUAAUAACACUCGGAUACACAUCAUGCCUACUAUGAAUCCAGAUGGAUUUGAAUCUGUCGAAAUACCCGACUGUUAUUUCUCAAAUGGCAGGUUCAAUGAAAAUGAAUAUGAUCUGAACAGAAAUUUCCCUGAUGCUUUUGAAAAUAAUUCUGAGACAAUACAGCCUGAAACUCAAGCAAUAAGGAAUUGGCUGAAAUCUGAGACAUUCGUCCUCUCUGCUAACUUACAUGGUGGAGCCUUGGUGGCUAGUUACCCAUUUGAUAAUGGUGUCCCAGAGACUGGGACAAAACGUGGCCAUAGCAUAACCCCAGACAAUGAUGUGUUCGAGUAUCUUGCAUAUACCUACUCUUCAAAGAAUCCUGAAAUGAGCGUAGGAAACUUUUGCAAAAACAGUGUGAACUUCCGCAACGGUAUAACAAAUGGGUACAAGUGGUACCCACUAAAAGGUGGGAUGCAAGAUUACAACUACAUCUGGGCCCAGUGUUUUGAAAUUACUUUGGAGGUGUCAUGCUGUAAAUAUCCAUCAGCAGAAAAUCUCCCAGACUUCUGGAAUAAGAACCGAGAUUCACUAAUCAACUACAUGAAACAGGUUCAUCUAGGUAUCAAAGGUCAAGUUUUUGAUGUGAACAAAACUCCAAUACCAAAUGCAAUAGUGGAGGCUAAUGGCAGGAACCACAUAUGCCCCUUCAGAACCAACAGAUUUGGAGAAUACUAUCUUCUUCUUCUGCCUGGAUCCUAUACGAUAAAUGCUACGGUCCCUGGACAUACAACAAUCCUAAAGCAAGUGACCAUACCAGAGAACACGCAAAACUCCAGUGCGCUUAGGGUCGACUUUCAUUUCCCAUUCCAAAUGAAAUCAAAUUUUAAUGGGACGACCCGGGUUUCAUGUUCCGAGGUUCCUCUUUACAUGUAUUUUAGAAGUCAUUCUGAUAGAUUGAAGUCAUGUUUUAUCUCCUUAGUUUUAUUGACUUUUGUAUCUAUCUUUCACAUAAGUAAACCAUGAGAACUGCACUCCCCCCCAUUCCAGGAAGUGUAACGAACAAGCCAGGCCACCUCAAACCUUGCCCACUCUGUCUCAUCAGCUGCCUGAUCUCCAUGGAUUUUUCCCUAAGAUGGGGGCAUUUAAUUCCCACAUAGCUGGAUAUUCCUGAAUCACUCAAACUAGGUGGAAAAGCCUCAGUAAUAGUUUUAAGAUAGCUAUAAAAAUCAUGCCAGAAUCAUGCCCAUAAUGAUGCUGCUCAGAAAUUCCAAAAUGGAAAGUUGGUUACCUGUUAAGGUGGUUCACAGAACUCCAGAUCUUCCCUCAACUUUCACCAACAGAACCUGGCUCCAUUACAGCUAAGCAGGGUUUGGGGGAGACCAGAAUCAUCUCCUGGUCUAUUGAACCUGCUAAAUUAGGACUUGACCAUCUGUCAUCUGGACCAUCAAAAUGUAUUUUCACCUUGUCACUUGGGAGCUCUGACCUCUGAAUGACCUCUCAUUCUUCAACCAUUAGAAUAGGACUGCUUAACUUACGGUUGACAGACACCCAACAAGUGAAUGGAGAGAUUUCAGGAGGUCAGGAUGGAGGGAAGGAUUAAACAUUUUCACUGAACUCUAACUGAAAUUUAGCAUUUACUUCAAUUAAUAUUUUUUUAAAUAUAUUAUUCUGAGAUGAGGUCUAUAUGUUUCAUCUGACUACAAAAAUGGUCCAAAAUAAAAAAAUUAAAAACUCCUUUUUAAGAACAAUCAGCCUUAGCAGCCCAACCUUUGAGGAGCUUAAUUCUGCCCCUCUUCACCUCUAUUGGCACAUGAAUUCUUUGAGUAGGAUACUUGGGAAGAAAAAUUUUUAAUUUGGGAAGGCUGUGAGGGGAGGGUAAAUGGGUGGUUCCUAAGAGUUUCAAGAUUAUUAAUGGAGGUGAAUUAAGCCCAAAGGCUACCUUGGAGAAAGUAUACCUAUCAGAAAUGAAGGAAAAGAUGAAGAAGAAGGUACAUACUGUUAGCUGCUUCCACCACCUUCUUAAUUAGUACUGCUGCUAGGCUUGGAGUCAUCUUGGGAAACAUAAAAUUAAUGAGUACAAAGUUGUUCCUAUAAGGAGAAAAAUGGAACCCACUUUGCACAAUAAAUGAAAAUUCCCAAGUGAAUUCAAAAGAAUGAGACUGAAAUCAAUCAACAUUUAAGGUUGCCUGCAAGACCUUUGCCAAGUAGUGGAGGUUGGUAGUACAGAGAUACAAAGAUUUUUUUGUAGGGUUUAGAGAAAUCAAUGCUAGAAUUAUAGGUCAACAUUUAAAGUUACAUUGGCUGGCUGGACCGGAGUAAAAUACAGAAACAUGCUUUGGCAAGAUUACUAGUCACUACAUCAGGGUAAGGCCAGACAUUGUCUCACCGAGUUCAGAACAAUGGAUCAGUUUUUGGUUUUAUUUUAAUUUUGUUUUUAACGACAGGCCAGUCUUUUCUCCUUUUAGCCUUAAUGCUUCCAGCAGAUUCUUCCUCUGUCCUCCCAGUUUGGAACUACUUCUCCAGUCUGACAUGCUAAAAUUAUAGAGGUCAGGAAUUCUGGCAGAAGAUGGAGAGGUCAUAUGGAGGGUGUAGAUUGUAGAAAGAUACCCAGGGCAAACUGUCUAGGAAUCAAUGCCAUUAGCGGUGCUAUGAGGAAUGUGAUAGAUUCACCAAUGAAUUGACAAAGGGCCUACAGGACCGGAUGGAGCCAUGGGGGUAGGAUCUCAGGAGUACAAUACUACUAUGGGCCCCUACUCAGAAGCUGUGUAGGAUCCUGGAUCCUCUUAUGGAAACACGUCCUGAAGCAAUGCCUUCCCCCUUCUCUAGCAACCCCAUUAUAGAGUGUUCCUAUUUAAGUCAGUAAAUAAAUCUAAAAACAAUGGCUUUACUGAGCCAAACAUUAUAAUUGUUUUUGUUGCUACUGUUGUAUUAUUGGUGCUUUUAAAAUAGUAUGUUACCGUAAGUACCAUUACAAUUAACUUGAUUGUAAAGGAUAGCUAUGAAAUCUCUGUUCUAAUACUUCAAGCAAUACUCAAAAUACAACACAAUAUAAGUACCAAAAAAGUAUUGUUCUGAAUAUAGGUUUGUAUAAAACUUGGGUGUGGCCCAUAAGUGGUGGUGUUUUUCAUUGCACACCAGUGUAUUUUCAAAGAAAUCUCAUUUUCAGAGGUGUGGCUUGUGUGUUCGGAUCAGUUAGUCAAUUUCCUUAGGGUUACCACCAUAAUGGAAUUUUAUCUACAUAAAAAAAAUGAAAAAAAUACCACCUACUUCUGGUAAGAAACUCAAUGCAGGAAGUGAAUUAAUUUCAAUUGUUCUUGUCUUACAGAAAAAUGUUCACAAGGCAUAGAGACCAUGUUGAGUCUGUUCGAGUGUGCCUUGAAACUGGUGGGUGCUUAAAAGUAUAGAAAAACCAACACAAAAAGGGGACCACGUAGAAAGGAACCAAAUGAUCUAAUCUCCUAAGAGAAGGGAUUUGCUUUCUCUAUAUAACUGUAUCACUACGUCACUACACUCUAAGUACAAAUUAGUCAUUAUGGUUCACCAGGAGAUGAGUGAUGAAGAUUCAAGUUUUGUCCAAAAGGGCUGAUUUUCCCCAGCUUUUCCUACUGCUGUUAGCACUUUAUUUAAGGGUACUAUAUGGUAGUUAGUCAGCAUGAAGGGACACCUGUUAAUGUCUCCAUUUUCCUCCCUUUUAUUUAAACCAAUAGGAUGGAAAUACAUGUAGCAAAAAUUCUUAAAGUUUCAUAUCUGUAUUUAUAAUAUAAUGUUAAGUGUCAAUGUACACAGUUUAUAAAGUAUUCUUAUAUGCUCUGGUUGAAUUAACUAAAUGUUUUGAUAUUUUGCGUUUUUACAUGUAUCUUGAAAGCACAUUGCAGAAGAAAGUCUUCAUGGUGAUUAAAUUGGUCUUGUAAUUACAUAAAA